GGCAACGAGAAUCUCUUUUGUUGCUUACCUCAGACCCACUUCCAUAUUUUUUCCUGUGUAUUCAGUUAAGUAUUUGUCGAAAUCACUGAUGACCUCCAACAUAAAUCAUACGAAUGAACAACUUCCUUGUACAGAAAAUCACUCGGAGUUAAAAGAAGUUUUGAAACCGUGCGGUAAACUUCCGCCGACAAACGACAUAAAAUUGGAUCGAUCUUACUUUAAACGUAAAGUCCCAAUGAUAUUCGUCGGUAUUCAAUGUGAUAAACAUGUCAAGACGUCUUUAGAGAAGUUGAAACCAUUUUUCUGUCCUUUUAUCCGACUACCUAAAAUAUCUAAAACUUAGUAAGUUUCCUAGUAUAAUGUUUAGAUUGUUAUCGUCAACACAACUCAUUUCAUAUUUAUACUGAAUUGUUUAAUUCUUAGAAAGUAUCUGCUUGAUUAGAAAUUCAUCUCUCUUUGGUUGUUUAAUUCCAAACUCCUCAGGCGUAUAUGUGGAUUUUGACAUUAACCAAUGCAAUGUUUUUAAUGCCGAGAUUCAAAUGGAUCGUUGCGUAAAUUGAUGCUGGUUCAAAUGCCUGAACCUGAUAAAAUCUUACAGUUUAUAACUGAUUUAAAUCAGUGGAACGUUGAUUUACCUAAAGAUUACGCAAAUCUUCAACCAGUCGAUUUAUCUGUACCGAAAUUGCCCGAAUGUCUAAACGAUUUGAAAGCUGAAAAUUCAUUGAACGAUGAAGCAUUUAAAAAAGUUAGUGUUGUAGAAGAAGAGAUAAAUAUGUUGGAAAAUAUUGUCACCUCACCAUGUCUCGUGAAUAUGUCGAUCGGUUAUGAAAAUUUCACAUUCGAACAAGUUAUCAAGGAAUUGUUGCCUGAUUUCAUCUUGCCUAUUACUGGGUUUACUAUAAUUGGUCACGUUAUACAAUUUAAUCUCAAAACUGAAGCGUUACCCUACCGUCAUAUUAUUGGUCAGGUUGCUCUUGAUAAAAUACCAAAUAUUCGCACAGUUAUUCAUAAAGCUGCGAAUAUUGAAUCGGCUUAUCGUACUUUUGAAAUGGAAUUACUUGCUGGUGCUCCUGAUUACAUAACAUCAAUGCGUGAAAACAGUGUAACGUUGCACUUGGAUAUUAGUAAAGUUUACUGUAAUCCGCGUUUGGGUACUGAACAUACACGAGUCGUUAACAGUUUGCGUCCACCUCUUCCAAUUAAUGAUCCAUUUCUUACACCGCGACCUAUUCCUGGAGAUCGUGUAGUUGUUUAUGAUGUAUUUGCUGGCAUUGGACCUUUCUCUAUUCCAGCUGGUCGAGCAGGAUGUCAUGUGUUGGCGAAUGAUCUCAAUCCUGAUUCGUUUAUUUGGCUUAAAAAAAACGUUGCCCAAAACUCAUCGCGUAAACGCCCUUUGAAAAAUAUUGUCUGCUACAAUAUGGAUGGACGUGAAUUUAUUCGUGAAAUUCUUCUUCCGCACUACAGAAAAUAUGGGAAUUCUGACACAACUGAAUCAGCUGAUUGUGAUUCUAUUUCACUAUCAAUUGAUCGUUUUGUAGUUAUUAUGAAUCUUCCUCAAUUGGCUAUAGAUUUUUUAGAUGCAUUUGUACCACCAUUGAAUUGUAUAAAAUCAUCAAAUAUCAUUACUGAUAAUAGUGUAACUCCCAAUCCAAAUGAUUCAUCUGUUAUACGUCAAAAAUUUAUUAAACCUUUAUAUAUUUAUUGUUAUUGUUUUAUGAGACGUAAUAUUGAAUCGGAACAAACUAUUAAAAUACGUUUAGCUAAAGCUUUAAAUACAAAUAUGACUGAUUUAUUUCAAUUUAUUAAUUCAACAACAAAUGAUGAAACAGUUGUUAAUAUGAACAAUGAACAAAUUAAUGAUAAAUGUUUCAUAAGAAAUUGGCAUUAUCGUUUUGUACGAAAUGUUGCUCCAUAUAAAGAUAUGUAUUGUGCUGAAUUUGAAUUAUAUUUACCAAAACUAUGGUUAUUUUAUGAUUAUUCAAGUCCAACAGUAAAACGUUCUCGAACUACUGAAAAUGAACUAAUUGAAUAAAUAAAUAAAAAUAUUGAAAUAAUAAUAAAAGGUAAAACAAAAAAGGAGUGAAUGAAUAAUUUACUAGUUUUGAUCAAUUGUAAAUAAUAUUUCUAAAUAUUAUUAAAUAUUUUCUUUAAAGUUAAAAAAAGAAGAUUGAAAUAUAAAUAAAAUUUAUUUAGAUA